CACUCACCAAUACAACUGGGGACAGGGAGAGAGAGCGAGCAAAGCAGAGAGAGGGAGAGAGUGAAAGUGUUGAUUUGGAUUCAAAGGAGGAGCAGAAAUAAAAACAAAAUCAAGAGAGAAGGGAAAGUAGAAACACGGGCAAAUAAAAACAAAGCAUGAAGAAAAAUACAAGAGACAGAAUGAGAGGUUGAGAGACAGUGAGAGAGCAACAGAGAGCGAUACAGAGUGAGAGAGAGAGAGGGAGAGAGAGAGAGAGAGAGAGAGAGGGAGAGAGAGGCAGAUCUCCCUAACUCCAGUGAUUCCCAGACUGGCUGGCUGGCAGUAAGCUCUGUGCUCUGAUCUGCCCGCUCUGAUGGGGUUUCAUGCCUGUGCAGGUAGUGUUGGGGGAUCCUGAGGGCAACACGGGGUUCUGGUGCUGCUCUAUCUGCUAAUUACCACCCACUGACCAUAUCAGCCCACACAGAUGAGAGUCAGGACAAGCUAAUCUCAACCUUACUGACGGCUGAUGGAUCAUCAACCAAUGACAAUCACUAGAAACCAAAAGGGGAGCUAAAAGAUCAACAAAUGCGAGCGGCCCGAGGACGACUGGCAGAUAUGAGAGUGGUACUCGUGUGUGCCCUCCUACCCCUCCUCUCUUUGUCACAUGCCUGUCCAAAGGAGUGUAGCUGCAACAGCAACACCAAAGUAGUAGACUGCCGGGGUCAAGGCCUAUAUGACAUCCCCCGACGACUGCAUCCAGACACCCAAGAACUGUAUCUCCAAGACAACCGCAUAAGGGGGCUGGGAUCGAUGGCCUUCAGAGAAAUACCCCUUGUCCGCAUUCUCGAUCUAUCUAAUAACUCUAUAACAUCUGUUUCACCAACUGCCCUGCUGGGUCUCAGGACUCUGCAGCGCCUCAGCCUAGCCUACAACAGCCUGAGAGAGCUUGACAAGCGGUUGCUUGGGCCUAUCCGCUCACUUUCACAUCUUGACCUCUCACACAACAGCCUGUGGGGUUUACCAGGAGCCAUGGGGGACAGUUUGAGGAACCUUAGCCACCUGGGGCUAGCACACAACAGGCUAACACGGAUGGACCGCUCCCUGUUAGAGGCCCUGACUCGCCUGGACAGCGUUACACUACGAGGCAACCCCUGGAGGUGUGACUGCCAGCUCAUAGGGCUCAAACUCUGGCUGGAGACCUACCUCUUUAAAGGUGGAGCUGUGGACGAGGUGCUUUGCUACCAGCCAGAAGAAAUGAGGGACAGAGACCUGCAGAAAGUCCCUUACCAGCUCUUUCAUGCCUGCAUGACCACAAGCUACCACUACCUGUUUGCCAACAUACACCACCUGGAGUCCGAGAGGCUACUGCGAGGCCACACCCACGGCAACCAUGCUCAUCCCUCUAGCCAUGCUCUCCACGUCCCCAUGGCAAUGGGGGAGGGCUUUGGUGGCGGGGGAGGAGGAGGAGGAGGAGGAGGGAGCAUGCCUGAGUGUGAAACUAAGCAGAGGCAGCGGCCUGUCAACUUGCGCCACGCUAUUGCCACAGUGAUCAUCACAGGCGUAGUGUGUGGAAUCGUGUGUCUGAUGAUGCUGGCAGCAGCAGUGUACGGCUGUGCCUACGCCGCUAUCAUGGCCAAAUAUCAGCGGGAGCUAAAGAAGAACGAGGAGUUGGCAGCAGUGCAGGGGGCAGAUCAUGCCACAGCAGAUGAGAAGGAACCACUGGAGAAUGCAAUUGCCUAGGAGAUGAUAACGUGAACCCUGGACUUAUAACCUGGGCCUCAUCCCUUUAACCUAAUCGUCUCUGGAUGCCAUGUGUGUGCUUGUGCAUGUAUGUUUGUGAGAAAAAAAAGAUGAGAGAGUGAGAGAGAGAGAGUGAGAUUCUUUAUGUCUGCGUACUGUAUGUUCACCUCAUUUCUGAGACUUGGGUAGCUAAAUUCCACAGGUAUUUGACUAUGCACUGAUGACAGUAUCUUCUACUGUGUGCGGGUUUGAGGGGUAGGCCAAAGAAUUAAAACGUAUCAAUUCCAUUUUGUCUGAGAAAUGCAUAUCACAGCUAGAGACAAAUUGCUAUAUAUUUAUAUAAAUGUGUAUUUGUAGGUAUAGUAGUAGAGCUCUGGUAUUUAAAAAUGGAUUUCACAAUUUGGUUGUCUUUUGGUUGUUGUUCAUGAUUUUGAGUCUGAUUCUGAGGUAAUUUUGAAAACUCAUAGUAGGCAGCUGCUGUCAGUUAAGUUUUGUUCUAAGUUGCUUGUAUCAUUAACACGAGUGUCUGAGAAAAAAGGAUGAAAGUGUUUGUGUCAGUGUUUCAUUUUGUGCUGGAGUGUGUAUGUGUGUGGAGAUGUAUACUGUAUGCACAUAUCUAUAGAGAGUUUAAGAGUCUGUGCCUAAUAAUGUGAUAUAGUUUUGCGGAGGAAACGUGUUUUUUUUCGUAAAAGGAUAUUUUUCUGACAGCUGGGGUGAGGAUGGGAAAUUCGUUGAAGCAAUAAUGAAACAAACUAAAAUGAAAACAACAACAAAACCUGGACUCAGCCUUGUUGUUUUUCAUUGACUUUACGGGUUCAUAAGUCUGAAUUCUCAUCCUGCUGCACACAGUCACAGUCACACCCACACACACACACACACACAAACUUUUAGAACUACAGUUUUUUGAAAUUGAGUCCUGUUUGUGAAUUAAUGCUGAUUACAUAAUGGUAGUCAUGUCCUUCAGUAUGUAUUAUAUAAAAUAAAGGGAAUCAUUUGAACUGAUUACUGUAUGUAUACAUGUGUUUCAGUGAGAAUACUGUGGAUUAUACAGUACUUGGUAUUACUUUAAUCAUUUGCUAUCUGGAAGAGAUAAAUUUGAAUAUACAA